UUUUUUUGAGAACUUAAAGCAGUUAAAAAAUAAAGUAAUAAUUUUUAACACGAAAAUAUAAACAAGUUUUAACUGUUUCUAUAAAAAUAUAAUAAACUUGAUAUAUCAUUCAUUUAUUUUCCACUAAUAUAAUAAAAGUAUAGUUCAAAGCGAUAGGAUUACUUAAUAAAGAAAAUAAUCAAUUCCUAUAUUAAAUCCAUUGUUGCAUAUUCUUAGUUGACUUCUUUAUUUUUCUCUCAGAUAUUUAUUUAGAUAAAAAAAAAAAAAAAAAAAUAAAAAUAAAAAUUAUUAAUUUGUUUCAAAUUGUUUCCACUAUACAGAUCUGAAAGCUUUACAAAGAUUACUCGUUUUAUUCGAUUAUAAUCAUAUGUAAGAUCACACGUGUAUCUUUAUCUUUAUAUAUGUAUCAUCCGAUAUAUUAAAUAUGAAAUUAACAUUCAUUCUCUUAAUCGAAUAUUGUAACUCGAGUAAACGAGGAAGCAAAGAUAUUCGUGACGAAUAAAAUGAUCGUUCUAUAAGAUAUUUUAUCUCUUCGAUGCCUUCUUAACGGAACCCUAAAUCGUCGUUUCCUUUCACUUUAUCCAUCGCGCCGCUGCUUUCUCGGAUUACGGCAUACAAGAUCGCCAAUUUUUCGGAGCUCCUUGUCCACUGGUAAAAGUCGAGCUGACAACCACAAAAAAGAGGGGACAAAGCCCCCGGCGUACGGCAACAACGGUAACACCGCUGACAAGAGGAGACGAAGAAAAACAAGGAAAGAACGAUAUCGGAAGUUACUGCAGUGGAACAGUGAGUAGAGAGCUUGCUCAUCCGACACAAGACUACGCGAAACCGUAUCUAUUUUUACGGAAUAUAGUUAUUAGAUUAGAAAUUUGAUAGAGCAAUUUUGCAAUUAAGAUGUUUCUGAGAAAGAUUUUAGAAGGAAAAAGUAAGAUGAGAUAUGAAUCUUAAAUUUGAUUUUGUGAGGUUACAAGGCCACGAAAAUCGAUUCGAAAUACAGUAAAUAGAGGAUAAAGAAGUGCCAUGAGUAAUUGGCAUCGCUUGGAAGCCGAUGUGCUCGGUGAUCGAGAAAAACGAGAAAGCUGCGGCCAAGUGAAACUGUAUAAAACGUCGGUAACUCAGCAUACUAUCAUCAGUUCUACGAAUAUUCAAACCAGAAGCGCGGUGACCAGUAAUCUCAACAAUGAAUCAAUUGACAGUAACAUUUCUUCUCUUGUGCGGUGUCUACGGUGCUUUGGCCGGACGUCGUUACAUAGCCAUUCCAAUGGAUGGGAUCGACGUGAUCGAGCUGAGUCCAGUGGCACCAUCCACACCGAGGAUUGCCCGUCAAACCGAGGCUUAUAUACCCAUACCAGUUCCUAGUAUUUCUCAGGAAGAGCUCAAGAGUCCUCGGCAAGAGAGGUCCAACGCCCACAUCCUGGAUUACGUGGAUUUCGGUGGACAAACGGGAUCGAAUGGAGCCUUCAGCUGGUACGCCGAUUAUCCGGCACAUCACUAAUGAUCCAAAGGAUCGAGAAUAGUUUUACACACGCGAUGCAUCCUGCUUAUUGUAAUAUAUAAUAACUAAAAUUAGAUUUUGUGAAGGAGAUCGAAAAAAUUGCAAUUUAUAAAUGACAUUUUAUCUGUUUGAUUAGAUUGAGUGAUAUUGAAACAUUUUUUUAUAAGAAUUAUUUACAUAAUGAUUAAGUUGAU